AUGACCAUGGUGGAGUCCGAGGUCGCGAUGCGGUUCGACGCGUUGUCUCUUGGCAUUCCUUUUGAAGCGAGGAACUAUGAACACAUACCAUUAUUCUUAUCCAGAGCUCUUAACUUGCCGGAUAAGAUGAAGAUAUUAGACACGCAAAAUAUCAAUAAACGGUCCAAAGACGAGGUCGAGUCACGAAGAAACGUUACAGAGAUUCUUCCAGACAUAGCCAUUGCAUCGGAUGCUUGGCUUCGAGAUGAUGUCACCAUUAAAGAUGUGAAGGCGAAGACUCCCAUUCUCGAAGACAUCAACAAUAUGCUUGAAAAUGAAUACUUACGGUCAACUUCCAGCGGUGACGACGCGUUGUUCGCUGAUGACGGUGCGCUAACAUACUAUGAAAAGAUCAUUGCGGCGUACAAUUUUUUGGAACUACCUCAGUCCAUCGACACCGAACCUAUUUAUGCUUCACAGCCCAUGUCACUCCAGGAAGAAGACGAGGAUAAUGAAUUUGGUGAGGAGUCGACUUUGGGAUCGUCUCCGGUGAUACGAACCAGAUCCAACCAGUCGUCACUGAAUUCGUUGCGGAACACCAAUGUUAAACGUAGCCCUGGUGCCAAUCUGCGCAAGCGGUUUCUGAUGUUUUUGGGAAACAUGAACGAACCAACCGUAAAUGGCAACGACCAGCACCUGACGUCCUCUCCAGAAGAGCCAGAGACCGUGAAGAAACAAGGGUUUCUUCAGAAAUCGAAGUUGUACAACAAAAUCAAGAAAACUCGAGAUUCUCAUAGCUCGUUUUCUUCGGUUAUAUCGUCGCCUAAUAGCUUCACCAACAGCUCUCGCAGUCUGUACCUGGCGACCAAUAGGAACAGCACCGCCGCCAGCAACAGAAAUAGCGUCAGUACGUCCAUGACAUCGCAUUCAAAUGCCUCCAGACGCAGAACAAGCACCACCCUUCCCUCAACACCCAUCGACGAAAAUCGCGUAUUCCAGUACCAACAGCCUUCUCCCGUGGCUUUGUCGCCCUUACAGCGACAGGAGAACCAGCGUGACAAAUAUGAAUACUACUCCCAGUUGUUGCGCACGAAAGAAUUAGUGGAAAACUAUCUCAUCUUAGCAGAAAGAACAGCCAACAUCAGAGCUAUCAUACGAUUUCUUGAAUUUAUCAAGAUGUAUGUGUUGCGAAUGGUGGUUGUCGACAUGUAUCAUUUGACCACAUCAUGUUCCAUCUCUAAAGCUCGUGAAAUGUCAAGAAAAUGUUAA